UUUGCUGGAGCUACGCCGUGUUUCUCUUCGGCUAACUGAAUUAGCAAACCUCAAAGCAGCGUAAUUUAAUGCCAUCUGCGGUGUCUACGCGUGUAAAUCAACUUCUACAAGGUUUGGACAGAUGUGGUGGUGCCGCUACAUGUCAGGGCUCAUUCGUCCUCAGUUUAUUCAGGAUCAACUCUUUCUAAACUGAACAGCAUGUUUCGUAUGUGAAGAGAAGCCUCCACGUCACACAGUCGGAGAACAGAUUUCAUAAUAAUGGAAGCAGCCUGAUGCAUGAUGUGAGCUGUGUGGUAUGUAAAAGCCUCCUGAAACCCUGGAAGUGGCUGCUGAUAUGGUGGACCUGAGACUGGCUCCAAGAAGCCCCCAGUCUCCAUUUUUCAUGAGAGUCUGGGGAAACGUUGCCACAGAUUAUGGAUCUAGGAUAUCACCUUCCAUGAGUUUCCAGUUUUACAGCGCUUCAGUCAAACAGCUGUAAGGGACAUGGAGUGGGAAGCAACUGAGAAGGAGAUGGAUGGAGUUACAGACACUGACGAGGACAUCCCUAUAGGUGAUUCCACCUUAGAGACCAAAUCUAGUCAGUGUGAGGACAGAGAGACUGAUGAUGACUGCGAGCAGGAGAACACAACCGCCAGUUUCAAAUCUCAGGACACCCCAAACCCAGCCACCCCACAAGACUUCGGAAUUGAUGAAGCAGAGUAUUGUGGAUCUACAGCGGCCAAAGAGGACACUGAGCAGGCUUCGGAUGGGUUCGAGCAUGACGGCGAAGAAGAGGAAGAUAUUGAGAAGGAGCAGCACAUGAAUGGAGAGUCUGGCUGGAGGAGCCUGGGAGGCGGGCGGAGAUGCAAACUGAAGAGCAGUGGUUCAUUUUCAGAGCAGAGCAGUCAAAGUGCUUUUGCUUCUUUUCAAAAAAGCAAUGUUAUAUCCAGCGGUGGCCGGCACAAGCAGACCCGCAGACGUCACCACCACCAUCAGCAGAACCGGAGCCGCAGGCGGACAGGCAACCAGCUCAUCUUAGCUUUCAAGGAGAUGCUGUCAGAGUCUCUCAGCUUCUGGUGCAUCUCCUGCGUCCACAUGAUGAUUGAGAUUAUUGUCACAUUAACUCACAAUUGUGGAGUCUGUGUGGAGGCUGUAGGAGUGAAACUUUAUAACUUUGGACAGCAGCUUCUUUCAAAGAUCACAGAUAUACACGGGAUGAAGGCGGAUGCUAGUCGGAUUUUGAAAUGGACUAAAUGCACAGGAGUAGACGUGGUGGAUAAAAUUGUCAGGUCGGUGAAGUGGGUAAAGACAGCUGCCUUAUCUUGUUUCAGACUUUUCUGUGCUUUGGCUAUUCUCGGGUCCCAGUGGGCAAAGGGUGUGGUGGUCCGACUUGGUGGAGAGCGGGGAAAACGCUACUGGACAUCUUUUCAGGAGUCAAGGUUUUGGAAGCGGGUUGUUUCCCUGCUGGAGAGAGUUCAGAGACGGUUCAAGAGAGAUGCCCGCGCACCACCAUCCACACAUGAGUCACCUGGCAGAGCAGGGAGGGGCCAGUCCGGCCAGGAGCUGGAGAGACUGCUGGCCUUGGCCGAGAUACCGGAGAACGAGCUUGACCCCUUUACAGUGCUCGGUGUGGAGGUACACGCCUCUGAGGCUGAGCUGAAGAAGGCCUACAGACAGCUGGCUGUCCAGGUCCAUCCAGACAAAAAUAAACACCCACGAGCUGGAGAGGCGUUCAAAGUAUUGAGGGCUGCCUGGGAUAUUGUCAGUAACCCAGAGACACGACGAGAGUAUGAGUUGAAACGCAUGGCAGCAACUGAGCUCUCCAAGUCCAUGAACGAGUUUCUCACUAAACUGCAGGAUGACCUGAAGGAAGCCAUGAACACCAUGAUGUGCACCAAGUGUGAAGGCAAACACAAGCGGUUCGAGAUGGAUCGUGAAGUGGCGGAGGCCCGGUUCUGUGCUGAAUGCAAUCGUUGCCAUAGCGCUGAGGAGGGGGACCUAUGGGCCGAGUCUAGCAUGUUGGGCCUUCGCAUAACAUACUUUGCCUGUAUGGACAGCAAGGUCUAUGAUAUAACAGAGUGGGCAGGUUGUCAAAGAAUAGUCAUUUCUCCUGACACUCACCGUGUGCCCUAUCACAUCUCCUUUGGUUCAAAGAACAACAGCAGCGCCACACGACACAGGACAACCUCGGAGAGCGCCACAGGCCCCACCAAUCCCGCUGACUUGCAGGACUUCUUCAACCGCAUCUUCAAAGGAGGACCUCCUAAUGACAUGGCUGCCAACGGGGGCUUCUUCCCCUCAGGUCCCCCUCAGCACCCACCACCUGGUGCUGGGGUUCCGCCGUUCUCCCCUCCCCCAGGCCAGACAGGCUUCAACAUGCCGGGGGGUCCACGGCCAGAGCCCAGCGAGACUUGGGCUGAGAGCGGCAAACCCCCCAGGAGGAGGAAGAAGGUCCGUAAACCCUUCCAGAGGUGAAGUCUGUUCACUCCUCACGGUAUCAAUAAAGCAACACAGGGAGACAAUAAAUAAUGGCCAUGUUUGUCUAUCGCCUGCCUGUUGGCAUGCCAAGAUCUGGACUGAAGGAGAUGAAUGUGGGUAAGGAUCAGCCAGAGGAGAAAGAGACUGGAUCAUGAAGAGGAGUGUGUGUGGACUGAAUACAGUAUUGAAGGAGGGCUGAAGAGGUGGCAGUGGUGGUGCUUUACCUCUCAUUUUACCUUAUUUUUCUGUUGGUCUUUAAGACAACUGUAGCCUUGGCAUUGAAAUCCUUUUCAGGAUGCUGUCACAAAACAUUUUCAUAAUCUCCUGCCAAAUCCUGCGACGCAUGAUUUACUCACCUGCAUUUUGACACACUUCAGUUCUCUCAGUUGUGUUAUUCAUAUUGGAUCCCAGAAUAUUUCAACAAGGACUCCAACACAUCUUAACUAAAUUGACAAAAACAGCAGUUUGAGAACUUGCUGUGGUCCUCUGGUAGUCGGCACACAGGCAGCAAACACUUUAAUUAUGAAUGGCUCAAUGGAAGUCAAAUCUCCUGGGACAACCAGUGUUCAUGCAUAUUUUGGCAUCGUUAUUAUUAUUUUUAACAGGAAAAUAUCCUCUUAAAACUCAUUUAUCAUAACAUUUAAUAGAGAUUUUUCUAUGGUGACAUUUGGUGAAAUGAAAAUAUAAUUUUUUUGGUCAGGUCCAAUGGUUAAAUGUUUUUAAAACAAGCAUGUUAUUGCUUUAUGAAGAUCAGAGUCACGGUCACACCCUGUACCCACACCCUCACGAGAGAACACUCACAACAUUAGGUUUGUUUUUCAGGGUUACAUUUAAAACAUGUCAAACCGCCCAGUUAGAUGAAGUGAAAAUAAACCUGUGAUGCUGUCGAGAUAUAAAAUCUGGACGUGAUGGAGUGAAAAUUUCAACUUGGCUUUAUUUAUUUUGAGACCCACUGAUUUAAACAUGAUGAAUCUGCCUGAUGUUUAUUGUCUCAGACCCAGAUUAGGAUUAUAAUCACCGCACAGGUCCAAUUCUAACAGCAGGAGUGAAUUUAAUGGUGUUUAAAAGUUAAUUGGUGACGCCUUGACAUUUUGAAAUGUUGAUAUACUGUAUUUUCAGUAGUUUAAAAGACCACAGAACAGAUGUAUACUGCCCCCUGUUGAUCCACUAUGUAGCCUGUUGAAAACACUACAUCAACAUAUACAACAGGUAACCACUACCUGAGUCUUAGAUGUAUGAUCUCAUUUAACAUCAGACAUGCUUAUUUCCUAAUAUUGAAGCAAAGUGGCCUUUACAUAAAUUGGAAACAGAGACUUUGGAUCAUGAGCUACACAGUAAAAUGCAGCAGUAAAAAAACAUUGAUUCAUUAAGUUGUUAAACAUUUCAGGAUUUUUAAAUAUUUUGUGCAGCAAGUGCAACUCAAUGACGGAUGUGACUGUUUGAGGUCACAUCAGAAAUGUCAGUUCAAAAGAUUUUUUAGACAAGAUUUGUUUCCAUGCUCAUAUAAUCUCAGUGGCUUCUGGCAGUUUAUAAUUAAUAUUAACCUCCUGACCUAUAAAUGCUGUGUUGACAUGUUUAAAAACAGAUUUCAAAAUGUCAAGGUCACACUUUCACCGUAAAUCUAAUCUUAACCCUCACAAUUUAUCUCCUAAUCUCCCCAGUGUUACUGUUCGUAACAACAUGGUCACUUAACUAAUAAGGGGUUGUAUUUUGUUUUUGGUUUGAAAUGACACUUUAAUCUUCAUCACAGGUAAAUUUAGGAGCUGUUAUUGUUUACACCUGAUAUGUGAAGAUCAAGAGACUGUAGUGAUACAAGACAUUUGACAAAAGCUAUUUUUUAUAUUGACAAUUGAUGAUGAGAAAUACCAUGUUCAGUUUUUCUUUCUUUUGUGUUAAUUUGCACACCCACCCCUGUAAUAACAUCCCAGGGUGUUUUGGAACAGUCAUCAGUGGUUGAACAUACGCAGACUCCUCCAGCUGCAGCUGAGUGGGAGGUGUAGCUCGCCGAGAUCUUUUUUGGUAGAAAAUGAAUGUUUAGAGAUUUUUGUUUUGGAAGAGUGCGUUUGAUUUAUUAGACCAUGACGCUUCAUUUUCCACUCUGGAGAAACCCCAAUAUGUGAACUGUUUUAGUGGGUUUGGGUGGUCGCCUCAAAAGAUGAGCCUUUGUUGCAGAUGUUGUGCGAGUUCGUUGAAGAAGGACGUUACGUUUACCACCUUUUUCUUCAUGAGUCACUUUUUGUUCCUUUUGUACAUCCGGCCAGCUUCCCAGACGUGGAGUGAGUUAGUUUAAACUCAAGUGUUUCUAGUCUCACAGAUUGAGAGUAAAACAGUCCUGAAUUAAGUCCAUUCUAUUAAAAACGAUUUAAUAGCCUUAAGGCAGAUCAGGGCCACACCAAGACCAUGAGAGGUAAAAAAAAUUAGAUUUUCAAAGAUGUCAGACUUGAAUUCAGAUUAUCAAACUAGACAAAAAUCAACAAAAAUGCUUUUGCUAAUUUUUCGCAUUUGUUCCAGAUUCCCCUGCAAUUUUCAGGAGUUAAGUUCUUAUCCACCUUUUCACCUUUAAACUGGUUUAAAGAUCACUAUAAACUGUGUUUGCCCAUGUCUCGGAAACUGGAAGCUUGCUUCCAGAUGACCACCUUGACUUGAGAAUGUACAGUGCUGUAUGUUAAAGGUAGCAGUUCGAAGUCCAAAAGUCAAAGGAAGAGCCAACACUACAGAUUUUUUUUUUCUUUUCAGGUUUUUAAACAGAAUAUGCAGAAGUAUUGCAAAAAAAUAUCUGACAAUCAUCAGGGUUUUUUAGUAGGGAAUAAUGUGGCGAGUUCCCUGGCUGGCAAACAGUUUUCAAAAUAUCGCUGUUGGGUUUCGUUCCCCCGCUUUCUCUGGUUUUCAAAAUAAAGAUGAUUUCCUAUAUGCACAA